GUAGACGAGCUGCAGUACUUCGUGGCGAGAAUUGGUGUAUUAAAACUUGGUUUUCAAAUCAGUCUUCCUCUUUAGACCCGACUCUUCAGGAACGUUCAGAAACACAGAUUCAGCCAUGAAGUCAGUUUGCUUGUCAGCGGCCGUUUUGGUCGCCAUCUGCGCAUGCGCCUUCGCCGAUAAAAAAGAAGAAGUCCAAUGGCAGUCCAAAAAAACUAAUGUAACAGUCACAGCAGAGGCAACAAUCGACAUCUUGGUGAAAAACUACGACAGCAGUGGCGACCUCCACGGCACCCUGAGAGUUGCUCUCUUUGGUGAAGAUGUUCCAAUGACAGUCCUCAACUUUUUCAGCAUCUGCAAUGGAGUCAAGCGCCCAUCUGGAGAACUGAAAUAUUCCAACACCUACUGCCACCGUCUGAUCAAAGACUUGAACUUCCAGUGCGGUGAUGUAACUGUCGGUGAUGGUUCCGGAGGAAUUCCUCGAGAAAAUCGGAGAAAUCGACGUUGAAGACGAUGGUCUCACCCCCAAGAGGAAAAUCAAGAUCGUAGACUGCCAAGCAAAGGACGUGAAGAAGUUCAAAAUUCAGCGACGCGUUGCCGUCAGCGAAGAUUCUUUUGAAUAAAUGUUUAGCAGGUUAACAUUUAUGACGUCAUUUGGUUUCUUUCUAGUUAGUUUAAUAUUGCUUUGAGUGUCGAUUUUCAUCUGUGGAUGUCACUUCAUUUUCUAUUGCGUCGUGAUCUUUGUCGAGUGUGCUAUCAACUCAAUGCUGUGAACUUACACGUUUCGUGAAGUGGAAAAUGUGAGAAGUAUGACUGUAGAGUGUGAAUAAACGAUGUCAUGUUCAACAUAA